UAAUUCCCGGUGUGGACUGCGGUCAAAGGCAGAAGAACCAUUUGCUAUUUCCCCGUCUCCCACAAGUCUACGGAUCCUUCUCCACCGCUAACUGCAGCGCAAUCAAGGGAAGGAGAUGGCGCACGCGUACGUCUCCGCCCUCUCCCUCUCUGCGCCUUUUACAGCGACGCAGUGAUCGGCAAUGAGAUAGCGACGAGAAGAAACGCGCGCCACCAGGGGGAGGAGGAGGAGGAGGAGGAGGUCGAGAAGGGCUUCGUCGCCGAUUCGAAAGUUGAUGAUAGGAGAAAAGGCGGGACUUUUUAGCCUCUUCCUGGUGUUCGACGAGAAGAAUUCGCCCGAUUGUGCUGUCGGUCGCCGGAGGAAGGAAUUUUAUCUGCGGGUUUUGUGAUAAAAAUCGGACCUUGGAAUGGAAGGGAGGGAGCUCCGGCGAAGCGUGACGUUGUCGGAUCAGUUGUCCGUCGACGACUCGUCCAGACUCGGAGACCUCCUCAAGAUUCGGGAGGAGGAAGAGACGCGAUUCUCCCUCCGCGAGUCGUUGAUUGUGGGGCCGGUUGUCACAUGCGAAAAGGAAGAAGACUCCGCCGCUGACGGUGGCGACGGCAACGGUGGAAGGACGCUCCUCGACAUCAUCCUGCAGGAGCACGAGGUGAAUGGGGUCGCGGAGGACGGGAACUCUAGCAGUUCCGCCGAAUGGAAGACUCUGAGAGACCACUUCCUCCUCCAUAGCGACGGUGCUUCCUCCCGCUGCCAGCUUCGAUCAAGCUCGAAUCCCGUGCGCGAUAACUCAGGCCACCUCAUUCCCGCCGCAGCCUCCUCGGAGUCCAAUUAUAACUCAGACCUUGUUGACCCACAACCCACUGACGUCGCUGCGGUGGCACCAACGGAAGUACUUACAGCUAGCGAACUAAACAACGCCGAUGAAGGCGCUGCCGCGGAGUCGCCCGACUCCGCUGUUGCAGAGGGCGAGGAGGAGGGGGUGGAAGAGCCGGGCAGAGUGUCGCUGAUGGCAUUACUGGAGCAGACCGACCGUCAAUGGGGCGGGAGCGGGAGGGAAGGGCUAUCUCCGUUGGCAACGGCGGCGGAGGACGAGGAGGACAGCGGCGGCGGAGGGGCGAUGUCAUACAUGUGCUGUGUGUGCAUGGUAAGGCACAAAGGAGCUGCCUUUAUCCCCUGCGGCCACACCUUCUGCCGCACCUGCUCACGCGAGCUCUGGCUCGGCCGUGGCAGCUGCCCCCUCUGCAACCGCCAAAUUCUCGAGGUCCUCGACAUCUUCUAAUCCCUCCUGCUCUACUUCCAGCACCUCAACUCAGGCAAUGUCUCCCCCUGUGUGGUAACUGAUAUCUACUACAUAUUUGCUAUCCAAUCUGGUGUUGCUGAUCCAGUACUCGACUUCUAUUUCUGAUAUCUGAAAAUCGAGAACAGUUUAAUAUAAUAAGUUAUGAAUUGCUGAUCA